CUGUUAUAAGCUGUGACGAUAUAUGUUGACUCUACACUCCAGUGCAACAUGGUGGCGGUAUACGUCUUUCACUACGGUUUACCGCCCGCCAUUAUAACACAAAGAAGAAGAAGCGUAACGUAGCGUCAUGGUUACGUCUGCAGUCCAUUUGUAAACGUCAGAGCGGUUGAGUUAAGGCAGGUUUACUACACGUUAUAGAAGAAGGAGCUGUGGCACAGUGCUUUAUAUGUUAUUAAAGAGACACACUCAAGUUUAUCUGUACAGACAAGAUGGUGGACACCAGCACGCUCUGCCUCUUUGAUGUGGACGGCACGCUCACGGCCGCGAGACAGCCCGCGACUCCAGACAUGGCCGAGUUUAUCCAGAAGCUGAAAACUCGGGUUCGAGUCGGAGUGGUGGGGGGCUCGGACCUCGUCAAGAUCCAAGAGCAGCUGGGAGAUGACGUGAUCCAGAGAGUGGACUAUGUGUUUGCUGAGAAUGGUCUCGUGGCCUAUAAGAACGGACAGUUAGUCUCUGUUCAGUCCAUCCAGGCCCACAUGGGAGAAGAACUCCUACAAGAUUUCAUCAACUUCUGUCUCAACUACAUGGCCAAGAUCAAACUACCCAAGAAGAGGGGGACAUUCAUUGAGUUUCGUAACGGCAUGUUGAACGUCUCCCCUAUUGGACGCAGCUGUACGCAUGAGGAGAGGAAGGAGUUCUAUGAGCUGGACAAGACAGAAAAAAUCAGAGAGAAGUUUGUGUCUGUAUUAAAGGAGGAGUUCAAAGGAAAAGGAUUGUCUUUCUCAAUUGGGGGGCAGAUCAGCUUUGACGUCUUCCCUGAUGGUUGGGAUAAGAGAUACUGUCUGGGGAUUGUUGAGAAGGACAACUACUCAACUAUUCACUUCUUUGGCGACAAGACCAAACCCGGAGGAAACGACUACGAAAUCUACGAUGACCCUCGGACCAUCGGCCACGAAGUCUCCAGCCCAGAAGACACAAAACAGCUUUGUCAGCAGCUUUUCUUCUCAUGAGCCAGAAGCUGCAACUGUAACUGUACGUUCCCAUCACCUUUGUCCAAAACAGAGACGACAGACUUUUAUUUUGGAGGACGUUUUCAUCUGCGAGGAUCUAAUCUUGAGGUUUCAUUACGAAAAGAAUAAAUUUAAUGCAGGAAGAGCCAAUGAGUCUGUGAUAAUGCCAAGUCACUGAUAAAUGGAGAGAUAGAAUUGUGGGUUUUCUUAAUGGGGUUUUGAAUGAGGAAUGUUAUGGCUUUAAGUGUGAUAGUAAACGUGGAUUUUUUAUUUUUUUUUUGGAUAUUCUUUGUGGCCAAUCUACAACAUUGUUUCAUAACUUUUUUAAUUUUUAUUUCAGCAUUACCUCAUGGUAAAGGUUGAGUCAAAACCUUUUGCCAACAUAGCUGCCAGAGAUAUAAAAUGCAGUUUUUUUCUCUUUUUUAAUCCUCAUGUGAGUCUGACCAUCAUGUUCUUCAAUCACUUAACUGGAAAUUCAGCAUAUUUGUACAUGGCCUUAAAAAAAAAAGCUUGGUACUGUCACGCCAUGGAAUUGAUAUCAAUACUUUUCUAACUAAUCCUGAGCUUCCAAGUGACCCAGUGUGCCUCUCAUAAGCUUUGAUUGAGCAUUACAGAUGUGAUUUUGAACUGUAAUUCAUAGAGUGGAAGCUUCGAGGAAAGUCAUGCCAGUGUUAGUUUGAUUUUUUUUUUCUUUUUUUGUUUGUGUUUUUUUGUUGUUGUCCCUGAGCAAAUUUAUAAAAUCUUUUCUAGGUUUCACUCUUGCCUUGGUUCAUCUAUGUUUACCGUCACUGCUCAGUUUGAUCCGAACAAACUGGAAUCCCUAGCCAGAUGUUUAAGAACACAUAUUAGAAGCUUUGAUGAACUGUCAGCACUUUAGGCUCAAUCACUCUGGUGUUCUGGAAGUUCAUUAAGAGAAGUAAAAUCACCAGUUAUUGGACUAAUGUAAGGUGAGGAAAAAAGCUACAGGUUGAAGAAUUUCAGAGUAAAGAGGUGUAGAACAAAAACAACUUGAUCUUGGUGAUGAAUUUCCCUUUUUAUAAUAAUACAAAACAUAAAUGGUUAUUUAUAUUAUCGCUCCUUAAAUGUUAUAGAAUGUAGGCUAUAAUAAUAUAAUAAGUAAUGUUCCCAAUAUAUGGCACUAAAAACCUUAAAUGAAGAAUCCCCUUGUAUUCUGCUGUAAAGGAUUAGAACUGUGAGAAAUAAAAGAAGGGAACAAUG